AUUUGGGGUUACAGGUCUCGCGAAACCGUAAUCUUCUGAGCUUUUUAGUUAUGAUUUUCAUGCGUAGAAAUUGGCGAACAACUUGACAAUCUGACAGUUAAUACACCGUUUAGACUAGAUCCAAGGGUGAUACGAUACAGGAAAUAAAUAUCAAUAAAAUCACAGAGAAAAGGAAGUUACAACAGUCUGCAGAACAGCACAGCUCUAGCCUACUCGAUUGACCCUUACUCAAGUCUCAAGUUACUGCCACUGGCCUUACAUUUACAUCCUACAUGGCCAGAACCGUCACUGCAGCCAGUAGAAGUAACAAUAACAGAAAUCACAAUGGUGAGAUGGAAGAAAAUCAGAUAAAAUUGACAGGUGUCAUCUAUAGUGGAGUUAUAUUUUCUAUUUAUUAUAAAACAACUUAUCCUAAUUUACCAGGUGGUGACUCAGGGGAAUUGAUCAUCUCAGCUAAUGAGUUAGGGGUAGCCCAUCCACCUGGUUAUCCUGUAUUUACACUACUAUCAUAUAUAUUUAUCAAACUUAUACCAUAUGGUAGUAUGGCAUGGAGGGUUAAUACAUUAUCUGUUUGUCUGUCAACGAUCACUUCAUUCUGUUUGUUUAUAACUUUAUCUAGAUUGUGUAAGAAUAUAUCCAGUUGUUUGUUAGGUGGCUCUUUAUUUUGUUUUAUGUCUCUGUCAUGGACAUGGAAUAUUACAUCUGAAGUUUUUAGUCUCAAUAAUUUAUUCGUAUCAGUAUUAGUGUUGUUGUGUGUUUUAUUUCAACAUAAGGAAAAACAACAAAAAAUCCAGAUUUCUUUUAUUGGAGCCUUUAUAAGUGGAUUAUCAUUAUGUAAUCAACAUACUAUAGUUAUCUAUGUAUUAUGUAUAGCCGUUUGGGUUAUUUAUACAUUAUAUAAACAGAAGAUAAUACAUAAAUGGGUGAUCUUUUUAUUAACAUUAUGUUUGUGUUUUUGUUGUGGAUUAAUACCAUAUGUUUAUCUACCACUGUCGGCACAUUUUAAUAUGGCCAGAUGGACCUGGGGAGAUCAGAGAACACUUUCAGGAUUUUUACGGCAUAUUUUAAGAAGAGAAUAUGGAACAUUUGAAUUGUUAAAAGAUCACCAAGGUCUAGGUCUAUUGAAAGGAUUAAGUGCCUAUAACAAUCAUAUAUUAUAUGAAUGGGGUGUUAUUGGACUAGGUGCUAGUUAUCUGUGUAUUAUUUCUGUUAUAAGAAGAUUACGUCAGGGAAAAUAUUGUUUAUGUGUUUUAUAUAUAAUGAUGGUUUCAUACCUCUUGCUUUUUACAUGGUUAGCUAAUUUAGAUAUAAGUAAUCCACUUUUAUUUGGGGUGGUAAAAAGAUUUUGGAUACAAGUAGAUUUAGUAUUGGCAAUAUUAGUAGCUGUUUUAUUUGAUGACCUUGUCAGUGUGGUUAAGCAACAUGGUAUGUGGAAUGGUUAUAUUGAGUUACUUAAAGUUGAUACCAUCAUAGCAGGUUUAAUAACAUAUUCUCUUUUACUGGUGAAUUAUCAACAUUGUGAUCAUAGUAAGAACACGGUGAUUAUUGAUUUUGCUACACGAAUAUUAAACAGCUUGCCAUAUAAUGCAAUAGUUUUAACUAAAGGGGAUUUACCUUCCAAUUCCAUAAGAUAUGCUCAAUUUAUGGAAAAUAUUCGUCCUGAUGUGACAACAUUUGAUCAAGAAGUGUUAACAUAUGAAUGGUCAUUACCUAUGCUCAAACAUCAUUAUCCGGAUAUGAUCUUUCCUGGUGAUCUUUUAUAUACAACAUCUGGUAUACUAGCAGACGGCAGACAAACAUUUAACUUUAAAACAUUAUUAGAUUCUAAUUAUAACAGACCUAUUUAUGCCUGUAUUGGUGUACAAAAUCAUGAUUCCUCGUGGAUAGAAGCCUAUGAAUUAUGGCCGUAUGGUGUGUGUUCAAAGUUUGUUAGAAAGGGUAGUUCUUUGGAUAUAGAAGAGUAUGUAACAGAAACAAAUAGAUUUAUAAUGGAUUGGCCAUAUCCAUAUAACAGAUUUGACAAGACAUCAUGGGAACAUGUAGCAACUCAAGAAAUGUGGGAUGCUAAGAGUUCUGUGGGUUUAUUAUUUUUGGAGAAAGCUGAAGAAUAUGAUGAUGCCAACAUUAAAUUGUUAUUACUCCAGUAUUCUUAUGAUAUCUAUCAUAGAGCAAUGGAUGCAAAUGAGGUGUUUCCUGUUCACUGGCACAAAAAUCUUGCCUUAGUGUGUGAGAAAUUAUCACGAUUAAAUCAACAUUCUCAUAAACAACUUAUCACUGAAAGUAUUCAACAAUUUCAACAUUAUAUCAGAUUAGAUCAAAGUGACAAAGACUUUGAAAGAAUUAUUGAUGCAAUAAAGAGUUUGACGAAAUACUUAGAAACUAUAAGAUAGUAUUGUCACAGAGAGAGAGGUCUGAUAGUUUAAUAUUAAUGAAUUUUUAAAAUGUUUUUUAUAAUAAAUAUAUUUUAAAAAAAAUGUUUUUAUUGUUCACAAGUCCACAAAAAUGCACCCUUUCACCUCACUGCAAGGGCAUGUGUAUCCAAUACUGAGUCAUGAGCCAUCACAUAAUCAUGAGUGCUGUUACACACAGCCCAAUUAUGGCCAAGAAAUUUCCUCAGGAUUUUCACACGGACCUUUUCAGUGGUGCAGGAGGUAGGGCCUGACAAGAAACAGUGUCUAGUGACUCAUUAGGAUGGAAAAAAAAAGAUUCUGUCGCUAUACGUUGUUUAAUAUGUUGAUUAUAACAUCUGAAUAUUCUCCAGUUUGUUUUGACAGGAAGUUUCAAUCCGAUUUUCACAAAAUUUGAACUCAAAUGUAAUUAUGGUGUAACGAUCAUAUAUGAACAUAUUUUUAAAUCAAACAAGCCAACAGUGAGGCUGAUGUCCAUUGCUGAAAUCCCGAAAAAAAUAAAUGACACAUUAAUUUUAUGCACGUUUAUCUUUUUCAAAGGGAAUCGAGCAAUCAAACUGAUGAUCAACUAUACACUAAGUUUCAUCACUCUCUAUCAGAUAGAAUCAAAGUCAAAGAAAUUGCUUAGCUUUAGCAGGAAAUGUUAAUCAUUGAACUCAGUAAAGACAUUCACAUCGAACAUAAACAUCAAGUUUAAACAUUCUCAAUUAAAAGCAGAGUUGUUCUGUUUCAAAGUCUUGACCAAUCAAAUUGCUUAUCGCUCCUUAACAUAAGCAGAAAAUUCUCAUCAAAUUAAUCAAGGUAAUGAUAUAAUGAAUCUAUAGUCAAGUUUCAUAGUUCUCACUUAAACAUGCAUUAUGCAAGAGCAAAAUCUGUUUAUUACAAGUCUUUCUUUAGGCCUGAAAUGUUAUCUAAAUUAUCAAUUAGACAUUAAUUAACUUAUCCAGACCAUAAUAAACUCUCGAUGUCAAGGUUAAAGAUUUCUUAGAAAUCUGUUUUUAGAACUGACAUUGAACUUGGCCCGCCUCAUUACCAUAUAACGUCCUUGGCCUUAGCCUCGAUGUGAAUGUCCUCGCCUGACUAGUCGACGCUUGCCUUUUUGCCUAAUUCUUAACGCAGUUGUUAUUUUCAUUUUUUUUUUCGCUGAGAUGUCGACAAAAGGAAGACAACGUCAGGUGAAUGCAGGUAGGAAUAUGACGGACAUUAUCAAGUCAUUGGAGGAUCAUCAGUCAGACAGCGAAGGGGAACUAAGCUUAAUAGACAAACACGCGGACGAACAGUCGAGAAAGUCUGGGGUCAUGGCGAACAGUAGUAGUGACACAGCGGUGCGGGACCCACCGACAUCUGUAGUAUCUCAGAUAGAAACUAGUGAUAGUGUUUCGUUACCAGGUGAGGAACACAUCAAUUCAGUGAGACGAGUGGAUACUCGCGAAACUCUAGAGGCAGAACUGAAUGCAUUGUAUCAACAGAGCCACAUACUAAUUCUAAAACGAAAGAUUGAAGCAGAGAAAAAGAAAA